UAAUGGAUCUAUCUCCAUCGACACAAGAGAAGGAACAGCCACAACAAGUGAGCAGUCACAGUCCGUCAGCUCAACACACAAAUAAAUCACCACUAAUUGUGAGUAUUCCACGCUCAAUAAGAGAACAACAUAUCACUGACACUACCUCUACUGAUACUCGGUUGUGUGGUGAUACUCCUUUACAACUAAUUGUCAGUAUACCGUAUCCAAUUAUGAGAGCACAACGAAAUACUCGAUCAAAUAAACUUAUCGUUAGCAUUCCAUAUCCUCCAAGAGAAACACAUACAGAACAUGAGCAAUCCAAACAAUCUCACUCUGAUAUCAACUCCCCACUAGCUAGGAAAAGGUUGCAUACUAGAACCAGGGACAAAAAGUGUCAACCUAGCUCCACUUUGCAAGGUGCUAGUCCAUCAGAUACUCCACCAGCUAAAAGAGUUCACCUCGAUAUCCCUCAUCAGUUGGCAGGUAGCUCACGUCAGUACGAGAGUGAUGAUACAUGUAUACAGCAGUAUGAAAGUGAUAACUCACUGCAAUCUGACGAUGUACAUAGUGAGACUGAUGAACAUUCUAUAGCAAAAAAAGUAACACUAGCUACGUGUAGUAACCAGUUUUUAGAAUUCAACGAAAUGUACACUGAACUUUACGAAGCCCGUUCAAAAUGGUACGACCUAGGCCUAGCACUGGGCCUUGAUACAGGUACCCUCGAUAGCAUUGACAUCGAGCAUAAGAAAUGCAAAACUUGUUUAAGAGAAGUCCUAAAACAACGAGAUAACGCCACAAAGUUAACACGGGCAGAAAUAGACAAAGCUUUACGACAGCCAUCUGUUGAAUUGAACACAUUGGCUGAUAAAAUACAAGAAAGUAUCUCGACAAAAAAGAUAUCAACAAGUAGCUCACAGCCUAGCAGUGACCCCACUCCAAAAUGUGUUUUGAGGUACAUCAGCUUGCUCAAAGACAGGUACAAACAGAUAUCAACUUUUCCAGACGAUUGGCCACCGCCAUUGAAAGAGAAAUUUACAAAACUAGCUCUAAUAGAGAGAAGUACACAGAUUCGUUUAACUCAAGCUAAACACCAACCAUCAAUCGAGUAUGAUUACGCUACUGGUAAUGUGGACAAUAUUGUUAAGAGAAAGAAAGCGAUUACGCUUGAACAGAUCUUCGAGGUUUUAAUUGACGAUAACAAAAUAGCUACACCAAACAGGUACAUUGUUGUAAUGGACGGUGCCCCAGGAGUAGGCAAAACCACACUCAGCAGGAAGAUAUGCAUUGAUUGGGCACAAGGGAAGCUCAUCAAGGACCACCACAUUGUUAUCCUCAAACCACUAAGGGAACUAAGAGGUCACACAGCUGCCUCACUCUCUGACCUAUUAAACGCUGACGACCUUAAGCAACAUGAAAGAGAGGAAAUCCUCGAUCACAUCAAGAGCACGUAUGGUUCCGGAGUCAUGUUCAUCUUUGAUGGUUUUGACGAGCUGAGUGGCAAACAACGAUCUGAUAAGAAUACUAUUAUCUGGGAAAUAAUUCGAGGGAAUCGCCUACUCAACUGUUCUGUGCUGGUUACAUCACGUUCAUACGCCUCAGGCCCACUACAGGAACUCAAUCGUGUCAAUCGACAUGUUGAAGUAUUAGGAUUCAAGAAAAAGGAUAUUGAACAUUGUAUUAAGCAAAACGUUACAGACAAGAGAAAAGCAAAAAAGCUAAUACAGAUGCUGAAAGAGAGGUUGGAUAUUGUCUCCCUAUGCUAUAUCCCUCUAAACUGCAGGAUUGUACUGUAUGUCUACCAGCAACAAGAUACCUUACCCGACACACUCACACAACUCUAUGAAUUAUUUAUUCUGUACACAGUCAAACACUACAAGAACAAAAUAUUUCAAGAACGAGAGCAUGAAAUUGACAAUGACCAGAUAGAACAUGCUAAUACUAUAAUGAAAUUGCCAACUCAAAUUAUCAAAUGUCUAGACUGUCUAUCAGAAACUGCAUUCACAGGAAUGACUCAAGACAAACUGGUAUUUGAAUAUACAGAAGUCACCAAAGAAAGAGGUGCUUUGUCACUGGGACUGCUAAACCUAAUAAAAUGUAUGGGAGCUCAUUAUUAUCAGUUCCUUCAUUUAACCAUUCAAGAGUUUCUAGCAGCCAGACAUCUCGCACUAACAAAGAGCAACGAAGACAAAUUAGUGUUUGUUACAUCCAAAAUUGAUGAUGCUAGAUUUAGAAUGACUUUACUUUUUCUCUCUGGACUGACUCAACUUGAUUUUAUUACCAUUGAACAAGCCUUUCCAGCUCCGAAAUCAAUAGACACUCGUGUGGAGCAUACAUACAAAACCAAAACAAAGUCUCUUCAAAAACAAGUGAGAUGUCGUUUCUUGUUCUUAGCCCAUCUUCAAUAUGAAAGCCGACAAACAACGUACAACUGGCUUUUGCCCUGUCUAGUGACCAAUUCACUCAACUUGUCAGAGCACAGUCUCUCUCAGUUCGACUGCCUUGUCUUGGCCAACUUUCUCGCCCUAACUCCCAAAGAUCACGUGUGGGAUGAGAUAAACUUGUCCCAGUGUAGUCUUACUGAUGACCGCUUCAAGACAAUAAUUACAAAGAAACAUUUACAAAGAGACAUUCCAGUAUUGUGCUUAACUAAACAAUUAGAUGUCACCUCAAACAAAAUCAAUGCCGAGGAUCUACAUGUGAUGCCACUAUUAUCAGAAGAGUCGAAGGUGGACAGCAUUAGUAUCCCACACUACGAAUCAUGCACUAAGUUAUCAGGGGCAAUUGUGAAAGGUCUAAAUAAAUUAGUAACUUUCAAUUUUUCUCAACACUCCGCAGAUCACGAUCAAACUGUACUAUCAAGUAGAGAGAUUACUGUUCCCACAGAUUCAACAAUUUGCUCAGGGAUGCUUACAACCAUUUUUGAGGUUGUUCGACCUAAAGAUUUGAAACGAGUAUCACUGGAUGGUCCCAAAGCUUUUGAAGAUUGCCCAGAUUGUUCAGGCUCAGGAAAUGAGGCUUGGAAAAGUGUUUGCAAUGUCAUACAAAAUAGUAAGCAUAUACAACACAUUCAAAUUCACAAGAGCCAGUUCCAUUUACACAAUAUUUCAUCACUGUUGAUACAUUUGCCAAACAAGAGAAACCUAUGUACUAUAUAUUUACAUGGAAACAAAAUAAGCCACAACGGUUUAAUACACUUAAGAAAUAACUUACCAGUGAAUGUACGUGCUCACAUUUCAAUAUCUGAUAAGGUUAAAUUGGCAAUGUCAGUACACAAAGACAAACUUGUUCAUGUUGAUAUUGAGUCACCUGACGAGUACAUACAAGAUGAUGACUCAGAGGAUCUAUUUGUGCCCUUUAUGCCCUUGCUAGAAGGAGAUUUGCCAUUGGAACUACAUGGAGUAACUGUUACCACUAAAUCAUUCGUGUCCAAGACUCUACUCAGAUCAAUAGGAAAUAGCAAAGCGGUAACUAGUUUAACAUUAGCCAAUCUUUCUAAUGAGAAUUUCACAAAAUGUUCUAGGGAAUUUCAAGAUAUGCUUAAGAAAACCAUCAUUCUCCAAACACUGGAACUGGACUCAUGUAAACUGAAUGACAUAUCUAUCAAACAAUUGGAGUGUGGACUGUUACUCAAUGAAACAGUGGCGCUGAAGAUAGAAUACAGUUGGCAAAACAGCUGGCUCAAGGCACUACUUACAGUGAGGUCUCAAAAUCUUCGUGAGCUUGAUUUUAAAAAAGGACCCGCUUUGAGUGAAGAACGUACGAGACAACUUUCAGAGAUAGUCACAACAUGCAAGCAGCUACGAGUCUUGAAAGUAAACUUAAGCUACAAUUUAGAAACUUUCUUCCAUGCUCUAUCAGAUAAUCAUAGCCUGAGAGAACUCAGUAUCGAAACUACUCGCAAGAUGGCAACAUUGUUGUUUCGAACACUCCCAUCAACUUCUGUCACCACUUUAGACGUAUCACAGACACUGUAUAGUGGGGGAUUUGGAAAUGAAGGAUCUUUAGCAUUUAAAAAGUAUAUUCAUGGAAAUAAAAUGCUAACCGUUUUGAGAGCUAACUGGUGCGGUUUAACAGAUGAAGCAUUAAAGGGAAUUAUUUUUACGAAGGAAUCUCCUUUGAGGGAGCUUUCUCUUUCAGAGAAUUAUGAAGUAAAACAAGGUUGGACAGAAUUUUUCAAUGGUCUUUGUUCAUCAUGCAUCACCACACUGGACGUCAAGAACAAUAGCUUGAAUGGAGAGGAGUGCUGCACAGCUUUGAAAUGUCUACUCAUCAACAACAAAACACUGACUGUUCUAAAAAUAGGUACUUAUCAAAAUAAUGAUGACGUGGUUUGUUGUAUUGCUGACGCUCUAUCACAAAAUUGCUCGUUGAUGGAACUAACAAUUAGCAGUUACACAUUAAGCAUUCUGGGAUGGACAAAACUAUUUGAAAGCUUACAUGAAAACACAACUUUAGUUACAUUAAACUGUAGUAGAGCUAAAUUACAAGAACUUGAGCAAAAUAAUGAAGUCGCUAAAUCUGUGUGGGAACUGCUAAUACACAAUCAAAGCCUUCAAAAUCUAAACAUUGCCGAUGAAUUGAUUGAGGGACAUUUGAAAGAGUUUGCAAUGGCAUACAUUCAGAGAAAGACUGUCCUGAAUUUAACUGUUGGAAAAUUGGAAGAUGAGUUAGUGAAAGAGAUCGAGAGACUUGAAACAGAUAAGUACAACAUCAAAAACAGAAUGAUAGAAAGUAUACCACUGUAAAUUUAUAGGCUAUUAUAACACAUAAUUAUUAGUUUCGUUCA